CUUCCAGAAAUCAGCAUAAUGUAUGACGUACAGAAUAAAACUGUAAUGAUCACUGGAGCAGCUGGCGGAAUAGGUUACAAAUACGCCGAAAUACUGCUUCGCAAUGGUGCAAGAAGUAUUGCCGUGGUCGAUCUGCCAACGUCGAACGGUCAGAAUGCGGUGGCUACUUUGCAAAACGAAUUUGGGAAGAACCGUGUCAUCUUCAUCGUCUGCGACGUGACAAAAGCUGACGAUUUCGAGAAGGCAUUCAGGAAGAUUGUUGACGCAUUCGAGGGACUUGAUAUUCUUAUCAACAAUGCUGGGAUAUUGAACGAUAACUAUUGGGAAGAAACGAUCGAUCUCAAUGUGAAGGCACUAAUUCGCGGCUCUAUGUUGGCAUUCGACUACAUGGGAAAGCAUAAAGGCGGCAAGGGCGGUGUAAUCGUGAAUAUUUCUUCCGUGGCUGGAUUGGUCCCAGCUAAAUUUCUGCCAGUAUAUACCGCUUCGAAAUAUGCCGUUCUAGGAUUCAGCCAGUCUUUGGCAAAUGUUUACGACAAGAGUGGAGUGCGAGUUGUAGUCAUGUGCCCGGGUGUUACAGCAACAACUUUGGUCGCAAAUAUCAACCAAAAAUUUUGUAAAUCCAUCCGCGCUUUGAAAGGUGAGCCUGACGAUGAUUUGGAGACACAUCCGAAGCAGACAACGGAUAACGUAGCACUUGCGAUGUUAGAUCUUAUUCAGAAGGGUAAAAACGGAGCGGCUUGGGUCAGCGAAGGUGAUCAACCGCCAUACGCCGUGGAUUUUCCCCAUUAUUGCAAGCGAUCUCUGCCUGUAUAAGUUGAUAUUGCACUUCUCAUAUAAUUCUAUUACUUUAUGUUAAUUAAUUUACAUGGCGAACACCAAAUCAAUUAUAUAUGUGUAUGGAAUGUCAAUUUAAAAAUAAACAGUGGUAUCAUUAAAUUGAUCAUAUCUGUGAUAAACAGAAAUGAAAUAUGAUUAA